AUGACUGGUCGAUGGUUUCGGCAUUGUUUAUAUACUCUACAUAUUCUUGUUAUAGUAAAUAUUUUUUUUUUUAUUUUUGUUUAUCACCGUUUAAUCUCGCAUGAAUCAAAAUCCAAAAAGGACAAUGUUGAAUCUUCAUCAUGUACAAUACCACAGUUCAAACCAUGGGAUCCAACUAUUGGGAAAUUAAUUCAUAUUCCACCCGUUUAUCGGUGUCCCACCGAUAAAAAGCAACUUAUCGAUGUUAUUAAUUAUACCCAAUUGAAAAUAAAUCAGACUGUAAAUCAAACAUUAUACAAAGGUAAAAUAACACAUUGUGUCUAUUAUGCAAUUGGUCGUAAUCCUGAUGAAAAAUACUUUCGAGAUUAUACCUAUACAUUGAGCAAACAACCAAUAUUAAUUCAGAAUGGAAUAACAGAUGAAAUUCAAGAUGCUGAUUAUGUUCUAACAAGAUGUUAUGAUAAUCCAACGAUUCUAUUCGAUGGAAACAUUUUCUGUGGUCAGAAUUGUACAAAAGAUCGACAAUCAACGACAAUUCGCACUAUAUCAACAACCACAAUGAAAGGUCGAAAACCCGUAAUUCAAUCCGAUAAACCGGUUCAAGAAUAUGUUCAUACAUUAAUGAGACUUAAGAAACGUCCAUUUUCCUACGAAGAAUGGAUUCGUCCUACUACUCAAACUUGGUGGGAAAAUCCCAUUCAAACCAAAAUAAUGCCACCAAGUAUUUUGUUUAUCAUUCUUGAUGCUGUUAGUGACUUACAAGCACGUCGUGCUCUACCACAAACACUCGCCUAUUUAGAAAAAAAAGGUCUUUAUUCAUUUAAUCGUCAUUCAGUUGUCGGUGAUGGAACGUUUGAUAAUAUUGUGCCCCUAUUUUUUGGUAAAUAUGCUAAAGAUUUAUUGAUACCGAAUGUCAAUGAUUCGCGUUAUACAUUUGAAAUACAAGAAACAAAAGGACAAGGUAAAAAAAAAGUAACGAUAAAAAAAACUGUUCAUUAUCCAGGACCGUAUGAUAAUCAUUCAUUUAUAAUAAAAAACUUUUCCAAAAAGUUUAAUUACACGACGUUUUUCAGUGAAGAAUGGAAAGAAAGUGCAUUUUAUAAUUUAAAAAAUGGAUUUCAUGAACAACCCACAGAUUAUUAUUUAAGACCAUUUUGGUUAAGUAUCUAUGACAGUUUAUCCUAUAAUAAAUUUUGGGGUAAUUCCAAUCCGAAACCAUGUUAUCUAAAUAAUUUAUUACAUCGAUUAUCAUUAGACUGGUUAAAACAAUUUCUUGAAGUUCAUUCAAGUACAGAUCAACCAAAAUUUGGAAUAUUAAAACUAAAUGAAAUGUCACAUGAUUAUAUGGAACGUCUAUUUUGGAUUGAUAGUGAUCUGAAAACAUAUUUUGAAAAUUUCUUUGAUAAAGGUCUAUUGAGUAAUACAAUUUUCAUAUUAUGUGGUGAUCAUGGACAUCGUCAACAUCCAGUACGUUUAACACAAAUGGGAAGUUUUGAGGCUAAAUUACCAUUUUUCUCCAUGUUAUUACCCGACUGGUUUAAACAAAAAUUUCCAAAAGCAAUUGAAAAUCUUAUCAACAAUAGAAAAGUUUUAACAUCUUGGUGGGAUGUUUAUGAAACAUUGGUUAAUAUUUUAAAUAUGAUUGAAAAACCGUCUAUAUUUCAUCCACUCGAAGUAGAGUGGAAAUCAACAACAUCCGGUAUUAGUUUAUUUCAUCCAAUUCCAAAUCGUGAUUGUACAACAGCGGGUAUUCCAGAAAAAUUUUGUCCAUGUUCACGUUCAAAUCCAAUAGAUAUUGAAACACCUAUUGUUAAACAAGUUGCACUUUAUAGUGUUUCAUAUAUAAAUGAUCAAAAAUUAAAAAAUCAUAAACACUUAUGUAUGAAAUUAGAAUUAAAAUCAAUUAUUCGAGCUGAUGUUGAAAUUUUACCAAAAAUAAAACAUUAUCGUAACAAUGUUACAUUGGGUAAUUUUACUCAUUUGUAUACGGUUUUGUUCGAAACACAACCAUCAAUGGCUAUAUUUGAAUCGAAUCUUUUGUAUGAUCCAUUAAAUAAAUUCAUACAACUUCAUUCAGAUAUGUCGAGAAUUAAUCUUUAUAGAAAAUCUUCAGCAUGUAUCCAAGAUCGAUAUGAAUUAAAAAGUUAUUGUUAUUGUUUAGCAUAUCAUCAAAGUUUAAAUAAAACAUUAUCAACAAUAACGACCAAACAACUAAUUACUCGAAAACCAUUAAAUAAAAUAACAGAAGUAAAAAAUAUUUUACAAGAUAAAAUUAAACAUUUAUUAUAA